GCAAAAAAAAAAGUCAUGUGACACUUCCUAGAGAUUUAUUUUCACACAUCACUUCUGCUUUCCGCAACAACAUUAUCCAGCAGCAAACCCUAAAUCCACCGCGGGAUUUAGCGCUCGUUUACGGCAUGGCUGACGGUGAGAGAUCGCCUUUGCUGUUGGACAGUCGCUAUGGAAUGAACGGGCUGUCACCGGGAGAUGAGACCUACCGACCUCCGAGCAAACCACAGACGUUCCCAUCAGCUCCUCCCACGUUGAUGGUGGGAGAGGCUCCUCCACCGUACUCCCCGCUGGGCUCUCCGGAGAGCGGCAGUGCUGCUGUCAUCAGCUGCAGAGUGUGUCAGUCGCCUAUUAGUGUGGAGGGCAAAAUCCACCAGCAUGUGGUCAAAUGCGGUAUCUGCAAUGAGGCUACACCCAUAAAGAAUGCUCCAGCAGGAAAGAAGUAUGUGAGGUGUCCGUGUAAUUGUCUUCUCAUCUGCAAAGUCACCUCGCAGAGGAUUGCCUGCCCUCGACCUUACUGUAAGCGAAUUAUCAAUUUGGGUCCAGUUCAUCCUAGUGCCGAUAGUCCGAAUCCUCAGCCUAGUGGUGCCAGAGUUUCCUGUGGCCACUGUGGAAACACUUUUCUGUGGACAGAAUUUACAGAUCGGACAUUGGCUCGCUGUCCACACUGCAAAAAAGUCUCAUCGAUUGGCCAGAGGUACCCUAGAAAGCGGAGUUUGAUAUGUUUCCUGCUGUGCUUGAUCUUCAUUAUAACGACUGCAGGAUUGAUCGCUGGCACGUGGAGGAAGGCACUGACAUAUAAUGGGAUUUAUGCCUCCUGGGUACUUUUCAUUCUCUUGGUGCUGAUCACUUUGGUCAGAGCUUUACAUUGGGCCUGCAUGAAAAUCAGUGAACCGCUGCACAGCUACUCAUCAUAGGAGUGAUGGAUGUGGAGGAGGAAGAGGUAGCAAUGAAGUGCAAGCGACGAGAGUAAAGAGAAACGGAGCAAAAAGAUGUUAAUAAAGUGCUGCUUUGUCUGGAAAAUAUCCAAGACAUAUUUCACCCCCAAAUCAAUUAUUAUUUUGGAUAAUAAUAGUAAUUAUAAUAUAAUUUUGAUUUGGGGGUGAAAUGUGACCACUUUUCACCCGAAAGAUUGCCCCCCCCCCCCCACCCUUUUUUUAUUUGAUACACUACUCUUCUCUGAACUGAUAUCGAAUCCAAUUCGCCAACAUUCCUGAUGGGAAUCUGCUUCCUAACCACUACAGAGUUAGAAAAAGCAUAGAAAAAACUAUAUUUCAGCCUUGUCAGUAGGAUAAUAACUUCUAGUUUAGUUGCACAAUCAGUAACUACUGACACAGGCUAUUUUUGCACCAUGAAUUGAGAUCACACAAAUAUAUGGAAACGUUACAGUCAGAAUGAGAGAUUGUGGCUGAAUUGCUGAAACACAAAGUGUAAGUGCCUCAUGUGACCAUGUGCACUGGUGUUAAAACUUGUACUGCAGGAACGGCAACUUUUAGCUUUAUUGGAAAACCCUGACCUUGCACAUAAAAUGAAGGGUAUGAGCAAGAAAAAGGAAAUGGAAACACACUGAAACACUUGGAAGGUUUAGAAAAGAGGAGAAACAAAAGCAUUUUUUUUUUUUUUUGCAUUUUAGUGCUAUUAUUGGAAUGUGCUAUAGAUUGAACCAUAGGCAAAGAUGAAUUGAUUAUUCUUUCAGUGUAGUUUAUUGCUUUUCUGUAGAUAUUAUUCAGGGACUCUAUAGGGGUUUCUUCUUGUCUGUGGCCCAAGUUUAGACCAAACCUUUACCUUCCUUUUCUUCCUCCUACAGCAUUCAGCAUUAUGCUUUGCUUACUAACUAAUAAAGAUCAAAUAUCCAACACAAUGCAAUAUUAGAGAUAAUUUUGAGAUUCCUAAUGAUCCUUGUGCUACUUUUGUUGAUGCUGUUUUUUAAUCAGGCAUUGCUGCUCAUAAUUUGUACUUGUCUGUGGUUAUAUAGGUAUAAAGCUGCAGUAAAAUCUUCUCUUUUAUAUGUUGCGAAGACCUUCAACAUUACCUAGUAAAGUAGUAUGGGAAGAUAUUUUUUAAUUACAAUUUUGACUUAACAUUUUUUCCUUUUCUUUUUCUCUGUUUGGCACAAUCUGCACAUAUAAACUGUUAAAUGCUAAUGACUGUAAAAACUCAUAAAAAAAUUGCUGUGAUUAAUAUCUAUACUGUCUGAAAAAAGUGUGCAAAAAUCGUACAACAGUCUGUCACUGGGACAACUUCAUACCUUAUCAAGCUUUAAAUUAAUAAGAAGUAAUAAUAGGCCUAGAAUCCUUUGAGGGUAAAUAAGGUACAGUUGUACCAAGUUGUACCAGUGACAAGCUGUUGUCAUUUUUUGCCCAUUAUUUUGGAAAGUGUAAUCCGAUGUAAAUGUACCGGCUGACAAAUCAUGUAGGCUGAAAUGAACCUCUUGCACUGCACUCUUAAUGAAGAUACAGUUACUAAUAGACAUAGUACUUGUACCUGUACCUAUUCUGUGAAAUUCAGAAGUGACCAGUAUGUUUUUAUUUUUGCAGAGUUUGAUUUGUUUACAUGAGUGUGCAGUUGUAGUACUGUGCAUUUACUCUUAAUUUUUUGUUGAAAAUGUUAGAUAUAUAUCUAUAUAUAUAUUGUUGCACUACAUUUUAGCGAUUUCGCUAACAGAAUCUAACCUUGUCAUUGUUGAUUUUGUUGUUGAUAAUUUUUGUAUUUUCCUUUGUGACUAAAAUGUUUAACAAUC